AUGUCUCAGCCAAACCCUUACGAGCGCAUUCAGGUCGAUACAAGCGACGACGACUCCCUUUUCGACACCGAAUCCCUCGUCGGCUCCAACCUCUCCUUCGCCAGCUCCGUUCGCGACUACUGCUACGAAAAUGGCCGCCGCUACCACGCCUAUCGCCACGGCCAAUACCCCUUCCCAAAUGACGAGGAAGAACAAGACCGUCUCGCUCUCAUGCACCACCUCUUCAAGCUCCUUUCCGGUGGCGACCUCCACCGCGCCCCAAUCAGCCGCACCCCGACCCGAAUCCUUGACAUAGGAACCGGGACAGGCGAGUGGGCUCUCGAGAUGGCCGAAGACUAUCCCAACGCGAACAUCAUCGGUACCGAUCUAAGCCCGAUUCAGCCGAACUGGGCGCCGCCGAAUUGUCGUUUUUUUGUCGACGAUGCGGAGUCUGACUGGACGUAUUCCGGGGACAAGUUCGAUUAUAUUCAUGCGAGGAGUAUGGGUGGGGGGAUUGGGGAUUGGCCGCGGCUGUUGAAACAGGCUUGGGCGCAUUUGAAGCCGGGGGGCUGGUUCGAAGCGCAGGAGUUUGAGGCCUGGGUUCUGAGUGAUGAUGGGACGCAUGAUCGAGCGAAUAUGGUUAUGGAUUGGCAGGAUCGGCUGAGUGAGGCUAGUAAGCAGUUUGGGAAGCCUAUGAAUAUUGCUGGGCAGCUAAGUGGAUGGAUGGAGGAUCAGGGGUUCGCUAAUGUCACGGAUGAUAUCUACAAGUGCCCGGUUGGAGGCUGGGCCAAAAAUCGCAGAUUAAAAGAGAUUGGACGCGUGGGCAGACUCACGAUUCUCGAGGUCGUGGAGCCAUACACGCUUGCAUUGUUUACACGAAUACUGGGCUUCGGGUUCCAGGAUGCACAAGAGUACAUGGAGAAAGUACGUGCUGAACUGGUCAGCAACAAGUUCCAUCUCUAUGUGCUGUUCCACUUCGUCUAUGGGCAAAAGCCUAUGGACGAGCCGAGUGGCCAAUCAACUUUAUGA